AUGCCUAGCGACGGCGGCAAGAAGAUCGACAUCACGAGCCCCAACUCGCUCCAGCCCGCACGCUCGCCCGAGCGCGCCUUCAACAACUAUGGCGCCUCGCCCGUGCUGCCCAACAUCCCACCGAGGAUAGGCUCUCCAUCGGCCGAGCCCCUCAACCUCAACUUCUCGGGCUCGCCCCGGCCGGAUCUCUCGGGCUUCAACAGCAGGCGGCUGCUCUCUGACCCUCCGUCGCGGGAUACCAACUCCAUACCGCCAAUCGAGAGCGACGUGUCCACGCCCGUCAACCUCAACGACCUCGACAGCCUGCCCAUCUCCGACGAGAGGAAGGCCAGGAUCAUCGAGAGACACCUCGCCCGUCCAGAUUCUGCGCAGAGAGACACUGCCUCGGCUUCAGGCAUCACCCUGGGCUCGACCGCUCGCGGUGGGGACCAGGGUGGAGCAGAUGAUGACGACGACGGCCCAUCGCGCUCCUCGCGGCCGCGCUCCGCUGCCGAUCGCAGCGACUCCUUCUCUCAGAGCGAGUCGGCCGUGGAAGAUGGCGAGGGUCAAGACGACGAUGAAGACGACGACGAGUACAGGGGUCCGCACGCGAUGCAGGGCGGCGCCAUCACCGACGAGGUCUACCGCUGGGCACACAAGAACCGCAGGGUGUCGACCCGGAGGACGCGCAGCGAGAGCCUCCACCUGCCCCGCACCCAGACCAUCGAUCCCGAGCUCGACGUCUCGGGCAUCAAGGAGCCUGGCGGUUUCCGCAGGUUCUUCGUCAUCAACCAGGCCGCCGAGCAGGGCCGCCCUGCGCCGCGGGCGCUGCGCAGCUUCAUCGACUUCCUCAGCCUCUAUGGCCACUUUGCCGGAGAGUACCUGGAGGAGGACGACGACGACGAGGAUGAGGAUGAGGACGAGGAGGGCCUGGACGACGAGGAGCGCGCCAUCCCUGGCAGCAGCCGCGAUGCCGGCCGCGGCUCCACCGAGAGGUCCGCGCUGCUGCGCGGCCGUCCGGGCGUGUCGAGGAGCGACACGCGCUCCCGCAUGCGCAAGGCCAGCCAGGACCGGCGGCGCGGCGAGGCGUCGGUUACCGACGCCGUCAUGAUGCUGCUCAAGUCGUUUGUCGGAACGGGCGUCCUCUUCCUCGGCAAAGCCUUCUACAACGGUGGGCUCCUCUUCUCGACGAUCACGCUGUGCUUUGUGGCCUUCGUUUCGCUCGUCUCGUUCCUGCUGCUGGUCAAGGUCAACCUCAAGUGCCCGGGCAGCUUUGGCGACAUGGGCGGCAUCCUCUACGGCCCCAAGAUGCGCUUCGCCAUCCUCGCCUCGAUCGUCUUUUCCCAGCUGGGCUUCGUCGCCGCCUACACCGUGUUUGUGGCCCAGAACAUGCAGGCCUUCAUCCUCGCCGUCACGCACUGCGACAAGCUGGUGCCGAUUGCGUACCUCAUCCUCGCCCAGAUGGUCGUCUUCCUGCCGCUCAGCCUCGUCCGGAGGAUCGCCAAGCUGUCUUCGACGGCGCUCAUCGCCGACUUUUUCAUCCUGCUCGGCAUCGUCUACCUCUUCUACUACGAGAUCGGCAAGGUGGCCCGCGACGGCCUUGCCGACGUCGUCAUGUUCAACUCGAAGAGCUACCCGCUCUUCAUCGGCACCGCCGUCUUCACGUUUGAGGGCAUCGGCCUCAUCAUCCCCAUCACCGAGAGCAUGAAGGAGCCCGAGCGCUUCCCCAAGGCGCUCAGCGGCGUCAUGGCCGGUGUCAUGGUCCUCUUCGCUUCGGCCGGCGCCCUCUCCUACAUGGCGUUUGGCAGCAAGAUCCAGACCGUCGUCAUCACCAACCUGCCGCAGAACUCGCGCUUCGUCCAGGCUAUGCAGUGCCUCUACAGCCUGGCCAUCCUGCUCUCGGCGCCGUUGCAGCUCUUCCCGGCGCUCGGCGUGCUCGAAAAGGGCCUCUUUAGCAGGAGCGGCAAGUACAACUGGAAGGUCAAGGCGGAGAAGAACGCCUUCCGUUGCCUGGUCGUGGCCGUCUGCUCGCUGGCAGCGUGGGCUGGAGCCAACGACCUGGACAAGUUUGUCAGCCUGGUCGGCUCCGUGGCGUGCGUGCCGCUCUGCUUCAUCUACCCGCCGCUGCUCCACCUCAAGGCGGUGGCCACCAAGCCGGCGACCAAGGCGCUCAACUACGCUCUGCUCGCCUUUGGCGUUGUCUGCGUCGUCUUUGCAGGUAGUCAGACGGUCCAAGCCAUGCUCGAGGACUCGGCACCGGCUGGCCCGCCCACCUGCCGACCCAACUGA